UUUUUAGAAGAUAUAAAUACAAGUUGCGUUUUUAAAAAAAAUAAUGUUUUUGUGCCUGAUUUGUAGUUUAAAACUUUUGAAAAUUAAAACAAAAACUUUUGAAAAUAAAGUUUUUUAAAAUGAUUUGGAGAAAUGUUCACUAUUUACUGCAAAUGCUAUCUGCACUGGCAGUGGUUAACAGUUUCAGUUUUACUUUGAAUGAUUUAUCUAAAAUGAUGGCUCUUGGAAUGAGCGAUGUUGUACAUCCUUGUGAAGAUUUCUAUAAGUAUGCUUGUGAUAAUUGGGCAAAUAAUUUCCCGAGACCUGAUUAUUAUCCAACAUGGGGUCCUGAUGAAUUAACUAUGGAAUACUUAAUUACUAAAAUUAGAGAAGUAUUAGAAAAUCCAGAUGUUGACCACAACAAUUUUCAUCUGUAUAAGGAAAAACAAUUUUAUGAUUCGUGCAUGGAUGCAAGUAUAUCGGUAAUGGAAGGGAGAUUAUUGUUUAGACAAAUAAUAUCAGAAAGUGAAAAAGCAAGGCCACAUUGGCAAAAUGUUGCUGAAUAUUAUGCUAGUAAAAUUGGUGAAAUUUCACUAUUUCAUAUUACACUAAAUAAGGAAAACCAAUUACUGAUUACUAAACCAUAUAAUACACCAGUAAACAAAUUAUUAAGGAGAGAACUAAACAGAAAUGUAUUGCUUAACUAUUUGAAAAGUAAGAAACAUUUUCUAAUUUAUCAUGGCGGGCAUCAAGAAUCCAAUUGGAAUUUUGAUGAACAAUUCGACAAUUUUUUAUCUGGUUUAAAAGAGCUCUUUAAAUAUCGCCAACUGUUAGAGACAGUUAGUAUUGACGAGUUACAAAAAAAAUAUGAUAACAAUUGUCCUGCUUCAUUUGGUUCAUCUGUAUCACGGAUUGAUUGGCUUAGACUUCUUCAAAAACUUUAUGAUAUUGAUUUAAAUUCUUCCUUUCAAUUAGAAGUCGAUUUUCAAUAUCUAAUAGGAUUAUGUGCAUUAUUAAGUGAAACACAAGACGAUGUAAUCGUGCGAUAUCUGCAAUUUAACUUUGAAAAAUCUGAUGAGAUGUUGUUUCAUAUGGAUAAAUCGAACCGUUUAAAUGGAAAUGCAAUGACUCCCUUGCAGAGGUCUGUGGAAUGUAUCACCAUGAUUCCAAUAACUACUGGAUUUUAUGAAAUAUUAGCGGAUAGUGAGGAAUUCUAUAAAAGAGAAGAAUUUUUCAAUGACCUGGUUGAAAGAAUAAAAUAUGAGUUAAAAGUCGAUAUCAAAAAUAGUUGGAUGGAUGAUUUUUCAAAACAAAAAGCAUUAAAUGUGGUAACAAGUUUAUCACUUCAUAUUAGCAAACUGAAUUUUCCAGCACUAAGAAAGGAAAUAUCAACAACUUCAUACGGUUUUAACGUUACUCACGUUUCUUUGCAAAAUUGGAUCAAUUUUAAAAAGGCUCAGACGACAUACAAAUUUGCAUUGUCUCAAAUUCACUCACAACCAGAAAGAAGAAGAAAAAGGAGUAUGAUAAUGAAUGCAUUUUACGAACCAAGUGAACAUCGAAUAGUAUUUUCGCCGGUAAUGUUGUUUCCACCAUUGUUUUCCUUAAAUGCACCAAUAGCCUAUAAUUAUGCAAGACUGGGAGUUUUUGUAGGCCAUGAAAUUUCUCACGCAUUUGAUCAUUAUCGUUUAGAUUCCAAAUCUGGGUAUACUUUUCAAUUUAAUCCAUAUCUGAAUUAUACAUAUGAGGAAAAAUUGAAAUGUGUAUCUGAUCAGUACAUCAAUCUUGGGGUACCAACGACUACCCUCGUUGAAAAUAUGGCUGAUAUACAAGGAAUAAAAUUAGCAUACAAAGCAAUGCUGCGCUACUUUAGAGAUCAUCCAGAAGAAGUUGGGAAGAAUAACUUGCCACAUUUCAACUACUUUAAUGAUAAUAACAUAUUUUUUAUAUCCUUUGCAAAUCGAUUAUGUGAAACUCGUCGAUCACCAAUGCCUGUUAUCUUACAUUCACCAAAUGAGAUGAGAAUUAUUGGAAGUCUACAAAAUAUGAAGGAAUUUGGAGAGUCUUUUGGUUGUCCAAAAAACACAAUCAUGAAUCCCAUUCAAAAAUGCGAUUUCUGGGAGCCAAAAUAUAAUCCAAAUAUGAAUUUAUGCUCAAAUUUUAAUUGCCUUCGGAUAAAGUAAAAAAAAUUCUAAUUUACAUGUAUAUCCUACUGUAUUUAUCUAAAGAGUUAAAUGAAAUGUUGGCAUAUAUAAUUAACAAUAAAAUGUGUUUCAAAAGUGA